GAAAAGAAAAGAGAAAAGGGUUUCUUGUUCAGCGAGUCACCCAUUCAUCAAAUAGAAAAAAAAAAAAAAAAACCUGUUUUGGUGGUCAUCGAAACUUGAACUCCAGAUCUCUUCUCUGUACGAAAAAUCUCAAUAAGAAUGAGCAGAGGAAGUGGAGGCGGAUACGAUCGCCAUAUCACCAUAUUCUCCCCUGAAGGUCGCCUCUUUCAAGUUGAGUAUGCGUUCAAGGCAGUGAAGGCAGCUGCGACAACUUCCAUUGGAGUUCGCGGCAAGGAUUCUGUCUGUGUCGUCACUCAAAAGAAGGUUCCGGACAAGCUUUUGGAUCAGACUAGUGUUACUCACCUUUUCCCUAUUACCAAGUACCUUGGACUACUUGCCACCGGCAUGACAGCUGAUGCAAGGAAUUUAGUACAACAAGCAAGGAAUGAAGCGGCGGAGUUUAGGUUCAGAUAUGGAUAUGAAAUGCCUGUGGAUGCAUUAGCGAGAUGGAUUGCGGACAAAUCACAAGUUUAUACUCAGCAUGCAUACAUGAGACCUCUUGGAGUUGUUGCUAUGGUUUUGGGUAUUGAUGAAGAGAAUGGGCCUCAACUUUACAAGUGUGAUCCAGCUGGCCAUUUUUUUGGUCACAAGGCUACAAGUGCUGGAUUGAAAGAACAAGAGGCUAUCAAUUUCCUGGAAAAGAAAAUGAAAAAUGACCCUGCUCUCUCAUAUGAGGAAACUGUGCAGACUGCUAUUUCUGCUCUUCAAUCUGUUCUUCAAGAGGAUUUUAAAGCUACUGAGAUAGAGGUGGGGGUUGUGAGAACAGACAAUCUUGUUUUUAGAGUGCUGUCCACUGAGGAAAUUGAUGAACAUUUAACUGCCAUAAGUGAACGGGACUGAUUUUGUGGGAUAACCUGAGCCAGUUGGGGAAAGGAUUGUGCAAUCAUUUGAAUUCAUGAAAACUUGCUUGAUUAAUCAUGUAGUUUGACAGGAGAAAAAAGAAGCAAGAUAAUUUGUUUGGAUUA